UCCACGCGACGGCGGAGUUUGACAGCGAUGUUGUUGUUUAUAGUCCGGCAGUGACACAGCAUCUCCUGUCCGUACCCGGCAACUUCGAACAAAAGCUAGGAGAUUUAAUUUACUGCUUUAUUAAUUAUAUACUGCUUUACUAAUUUUAAUUAAUUAAGUUUAAAUAGCGUUUAGCUUAUAUUUAUAUCCGUAUUAGUUUAACGAUACACUUUUUAAUAAAGUUUUGUGUGCUAGCUACCGGUAAGCUAGCUAGCCGGCUAGCUGUUUCUGGAUGUGAGUCAGCUAACUUUAAACAGUUAACUGCCGUUUUCAUUUGGAAGAAAUCACUUCGUGUUACCAUGGACCAGACUGGCUCUUUCCCGGUGAAACUGUACAUCUACGACCUGUCAAGAGGCAUGGCCCGCCAGCUGAGUCCUGUCAUGCUGGGGAAACAGCUUGAUGGAAUAUGGCACACUGCUAUUGUGGUCCAUGGGAAAGAGUACUUCUUCGUUGGAGAAGGCAUCAACUGGUGUUCCCCCGGUGGCACUCCCUUGGGCGAGCCUCUCUCCAUCGUGGACCUGGGCUACACUGAGGUUCCUGCAGAGCUCUUCACUGAGUAUUUGACUUCACUGACAGAGUCCACAUACAGCCGUGACAAGUACAACUUGUUUGAGCAUAACUGCAACACGUUCAGCAACGAGGUGGCUCAGUUCCUAACGGGCAAAAAGAUCCCAUCGUACAUUACAGACCUUCCAUCUGAAGUACUGUCCACGCCAUUUGGCCAGGCUCUCCGUCCCUUACUGGAUUCCAUCGUCAUAAACCCUGGAGGCAACAACAUAACUGGACAGCGAUAGAUAGAGCUGUAAAAUGAAGAAGACGCUUCCUCCCAGGAAGGAUGAAAGUGACGUUCAGGAAGCGUCCAUCAGGCCACCUACAGCAGGAUCCCUCUGAUGAAACCAUGAGGAUUUAAAACAGUCCUUUGCUUCAGGACCAGUCAGAAAACUCAGGAACUUUCAGGAGAGAGGAACGCUGACUCUGUCUCUGAAAAAGUCAAAGUAAAAUGUCACCUGUUCUUUCAGAGCCACCAGCAGCCACACCUGUAUCUCCACCAACAGAUGUUUCUCAUCAGUGUGGAGGGAAGACUCUGGAACCAGAGAAUGUUUGCUUGUUUUUGACUUCGUUUAUGAAUACUGUACUGUAUAUUCACUGUAAAUUCCAUUUACUGUUCAUUUGUUUUAUACAUUAUCUACUCAGGCAUGUCAGUUUUGAUUUUAUAUGUUUGAUGAUUCAGAAUUCAGCUUGUUUUUCAAUAAAAUAUAUUGAAAGUA